CGGCGGGAGCCCGCGGCCCCCUGCGGGCACGACGGCGGCAGCCGGAGGCGGGGGUGCGGCGCCCGGCGGGCAUCGGCGGGUACUGCCGGCUGCCACCGGGCACAGCGGGGACGGCCGGGCACCGCCGGUGACAGCUGGGUGCCACCGGGCACCGCUGGCUACAGCCGGGCUCUGCCGGGCAUCACCGCAUACAGCCGGGCACUGCCGGGCAUCACCACAUACAACCGGGCAGCACUGGGCACAGCUGGACACUGGCGGGCAGCACCGGGCACCGCCCGGGCAUCACUGGGUACAGCCAGGCACUGCCAGGCAUCACUGCACACAGCCAGGCACCACCGGGCAGCACUGGGCACUGCCAGGCACUGCCAGGCAGCACUGGUACAGCCAGGCACUGCUGGGCAUCACCACAUACAGCCAGGCAUCACUGGGCACUGCCGGGCAUCACCAGGUACAACCAGGCACUACCAGGCACUGCUGGGCAUCACCACAUACAGCUGGGCAGCACCAGGUACAACCGGGCACCGCCAGGCAUCACCAGGUACAGCUGGGCACUGCCGGGCACCCAGGCACAGGCGGGCAGCGCCGGGCAGGCACUGCAUGGAGCGCCUGCAGCCCCGGAGAGGCCGGUGGGGCCUGGCUGCGCCCCAGCAGACAGGGGGUCCCCUCCCGCCCUCCCCCGCGGCACUAGGACCCCUCCGAGCCAUCCUGGCUGUCCCUGCCCGGAGGAGCCGUCACCACCUCGCAGCAGCUGUGACGGGGACGGUUAAAAAUAGCGGUGGCGGCGAUGGCUGCCCGGUGCCGCCUCGCCGCGCGCUUUCACCACGUCCACGGCACCAAUGUCCGCCUGGACGCUUCGCGGACGCGGGCCACCCGGGUGGAAAGCUUCGCCAACGGGCUCUGCUUCAGCCAGGAGCCGCUGGCGCCCGGGCAGAUUUUCCUGGUGGAGAUCGAGGAGAAGGAGCUGGGCUGGUGCGGGCAUCUGCGCGUGGGGCUGACGGCCCACGACCCCCAGAGCCUGGAGGUGGUGCCCGAGUAUUCGCUGCCGGACCUGGUCAACAUGGGGGACACCUGGGUGUUCGCCAUCACACGGAGCCACAACCGCGUCACGGUGGACGGGGAGGAGGCGCGGGUGCGGAGCCCGGCCUGGGAGCCCUUCCUGCUGAUUGAGCGGGUGAGGAUCCCCCGCGACACGCUGGUGGGGCGCAGCAGGCCCGGGCGCUACAGCCACAUCCUGGACGACCUGUACAAGGCGAACGUGCUGCCCGCGACCGCCCGGCGCAGCCGGAUCGGCGUGCUGUAUGCCCUGCAGCCCGACGGCACCGCCGACAUGCACAUCGUCAUCAACGGAGAGGACAUGGGGCCGAGCGCCAGGCACCUGCCCACCACCCGCCCGCUCUACGCCGUGGUUGAUGUCUUCGCCUCCACCAAGAGCGUCCGGGUCAUCCCGGUGGAAUACGGCUGUAGUUCCCUCCCUACAGACCCUCUGCCGGCUGGUCAUCCAGAAGCACAUCGUCCACCGCCUGGCCAUCGACGGCUUGGACCUGCCCCCGCCACUGAAGAGCUUCUGCCAACACGAGUGAGGUGUGGAGGGUGCUGCCCUGGGCUGCCACCCAUGUCGCCAGCCCCACUGGUGAUGGCCGGCGGGCUGCCCGGGCAGGAUCCGUGCCCCUAGCUGCCCUGUCACCCCCGGGGCGGGCGCCUGCGCACACGGCAUGUGCCGCCGAAGGGCCAACGCGAGAGCACGGGCAGUGCAUCAGAGGGACUUUCCUCCGUGCAGACGGGUGCGGCAGGGCCGGUGUGCGCGCAGGAGGGUGCCACAGGUCAGAGUGAGCAAUAAAGCGCUUCCAGCCAGAAA